AUGGCGCCCAAUAUGUCACUCUUCUCCGUUAAUGCCAUCAUAAUUCUCAAUGCCGAAGAUGGCUCCCGAGUAUUCACCAAAUACUACGCACCACCCCACCAUAACUCUUCUUCUCCAGCACCACCAUACCCCGAUCAAAAAUCGCAAAAAGCAUUCGAGAAAGGUCUCCUCGAGAAGACCCAAAAGCAAAACGCAGAUAUCAUCCUCUACGACAAUCGCAUUGUGUUAUAUAAGAGCGAGAGCGAUGUUAUGAUGUAUGUAGUUGGAGGAGUGGAUGAGAAUGAGAUUAUGCUUUAUAAUGUCAUUUUAGCUUUAAGGGAUUCUUUGCAUCUGCUAUUCAAACAAUCCGUAGACAAACGGACUAUAGUCGAAAACUACGACCUCCUUUCCCUGGCAGUCGAUGAAAUGGUUGACGAUGGUAUUAUCCUCGAAACAGACCCCACGAUUAUCGUUCAAAGAGUUAGCAAGGCGCCUACGCAAGAUGUGGCACAAUUGAAGGGUAUCGAUUUGAGUGAGCAAGGCAUGAACAAUUUGGCACAAUUCGGAAAGGCCAAACUAGGAGAUUGGUUGAGGCAGGGUCUGUAG